UUAUAGUGGGACUGUGGUGGGCAUUCUGACCCUGGGGGGAACUGACUUGGUGUCACUGACAUCCCCAGUGACACCAGUACAGUGAUCAGUGCUAAUAAAAAGCACUGACACUGUACUAAUGGCACCAGGCAGGAAGGGGUUAACAUCUGGGGCAAUAAAAGGGUUAACUGUGAGGGGAGUGUUUUACCAGGGGGCUGGGGGGUGUAGUUCACUUUUACACACUGUUCUGGAAGGCUGUGCCCAGCAAUCCGGAACAGUGUAUUGAAAACUGACAGGGAGGAGAGCUCCUUUGAAAACAAU